ACAUCAAGGCCUUCCUCCAUGACAAAAUUCCAUUUAGUAAUGUGGCUUGCAUCACGCUACAUCCUAGUCUUUUGGUGUUUGGGGACCACUGUGUGCAACUUCAAUUCAAGGAAAUUAGGUAUCAACAUAGACUCAUCCAAAUUGAAUCCUGUUGUGCUGCAGUUAAAGGAUACAUCAUCUCCAUCUAUAGUUUUAACACUUGACGUAUCUGCAUCAAUGGAGUAUAAGGACAGAAUCAAGAAAUUAGGCAAUGCUCUGCAGAAAUUCAUUCACAACAUUCCAAAUGGACUUCUGCUGGGAAUGGUGGAAUUUUCCACGCAUGAAAACCUCCUGAGUAAACUGACUCUUGUUGAUGCCACAACACGAAAGAAUCUGGAGCUAAAAGUUCCCACCAAAGGUCAAGGUGAGACCUGUAUUGGAUGUGGGGUGCGACUUGCCCUUCAGGAGCUGGGGAAUAGGAAUGGCACCAUGGUGCUGGUCGCAGACGGACAAAACACAGUGCCGGACCAGUUUAUCAGUGAUGUCCAGGCUGAUGUUGUACAAUCUGGAACUAAGGUCAUCUCAGUUGGCUUUGGAGACAUGGCACCAGUCGAUGACAUGAGGCAAUUGGCAAAAGCAAGUGGGGGUCUGUUCGUUUGUGUGUCUGAUGAAGAUGGUGUUCAGGGCCUACUUGAAGCCUUCAAAGAAGCUCUAAAGUUGGCAAAGCCACAGGUUGAAAAAACAACUCAAAUGACAGAAAAUUGGACAACUGAAGACACUCGGUUGCCUACAGAUCUGCCAGUAUCAAGUACACUCAGCGGCCAACAACACACAACAGUACAUCAGAACUUCACCAAUUCACACGUAGUUCCAGGCAAACCACAAACCAUGCCUCUAUUAUGGCUGAUUAUUGGUAUUGUCAUGGCAGUGGUAGGAGGAGCUAUAUUAUUGGCUUUCACAAUCCUGCUGAUAAGGAAAAUAUGUGCAAUUACACAUGCCAGAGGUACAUACUCUGUUGUCAAACGAAACCAUGAGACUGCAUGA